CCCUCGGGCGGCGGCGGCGGCGGCGAGGCGAGGCGAGACGAGGCGGAGGACCGUGAGCGGUGGGGCCGGUGGCGGGUAGAGGUGUGAGGGCGGCGAGGGACCUCAGGGGUAGUCGGGCCGGUGUGGCCGCCGCCGCCGCCAUGCAGGAAAUCAUCGCCAGCGUGGACCACAUCAAGUUCGACUUGGAGAUCGCAGUGGAGCAGCAGCUCGGGGCACAGCCGCUGCCCUUCCCCGGCAUGGACAAGUCAGGGGCUGCUGUCUGCGAAUUCUUUUUGAAAGCUGCCUGUGGCAAAGGGGGCAUGUGCCCAUUCCGCCAUAUCAGUGGCGAGAAGACGGUUGUGUGUAAGCACUGGCUGCGGGGGCUGUGCAAGAAGGGGGACCAGUGUGAGUUCCUGCACGAGUACGACAUGACCAAGAUGCCUGAGUGCUACUUCUACUCCAAGUUCGGGGAGUGCAGCAACAAGGAAUGCCCCUUCCUGCACAUCGACCCUGAGUCCAAGAUCAAGGACUGCCCUUGGUACGACCGUGGCUUCUGCAAGCAUGGUCCCCUGUGCAGGCACCGGCACACACGGAGAGUCAUCUGUGUGAAUUACCUCGUGGGAUUCUGCCCAGAGGGGCCCUCGUGUAAAUUCAUGCACCCUCGAUUUGAACUGCCGAUGGGAACCACCGAGCAGCCCCCACUGCCACAGCAGACGCAGCCUCCGACAAAGCAAAGUAACAAUCCGCCAUUACAAAGGUCGUCCUCCUUGAUCCAGUUAACGAGUCAGAACUCUUCUCCCAAUCAGCAGAGAGCCCCGCAGGUCAUCGGGGUCAUGCAGAGUCAAAACAGCAGCGCAGGCAACCGGGGACCCCGGCCGCUGGAGCAGGUCACCUGUUACAAGGUGAGUCCUGGGGCUGGGGGAUGGGGCAGGGUCUUCACAGUCAGGGGCUGUUCCCUCAUUCCCCAGACAGUUAAUUUUGAAAAAUGAAAACAUCUAUGUUUUUGCUGACCAUAAAAGUGACAAUGGGCUACUCUGGUGGGCUAGAGACCAUGCUGCUUCCUUCCACGAUACACCAGGGCCAACAGAACGAUCACACAUGCUGUUGAAUGCAAGGACAGAGUUUGAAGGAAAGGGAGGGGAAUCUUCCAGAGGCCAGUAACAAAAUGGAAGCAUGGGUUAAGGGAAGGGAGCCCUGAAGCUUCUGGAUGUCCUCACAUCCCACAAAGGCACAUACCCAAAUGAGAGAGACAGCUUUACCACCCAGGAAAAAAACAGAUUAGAAUCCCCCUGAACAGAGUGGGACGCUCAGGGGAAGGGUAAACUUUUAAAAGUCCUGCUAGAAAACUUGUGUUGUUCUUGGCUCUGGAUGUAAAGGGGGGAGAAAAGUGCCUUGAGACUUCAUAGUCACCAACGGACCCUUCGUGAGUUUGGGGCUGUAUGCACACCCUUGGUGAAGGCUAUACAGACUUGAAUUUUCUAAUCGGAAACAGCCCCAAAUGUGGGCCCCUGGAAUCUGGCUCUAUGAGGAAUUUAUUCUCAGCCCAACCACACAGAAUUCCCACAGCUAAAGUUCCGAAGAAUGAGUUCAUAAUCAAAAAUCACAAAACCUAGAAGGAAGCAAACCCCACUGAGGGAAGUCAGCAGAAACAACUGAUAGUAGAACUAGGCUUACAAAAACUUCAGAUUUCAGUAUUUUACAAAAUACAGAAUUAGUACACACUUUCUGUAAAAACAUUUAGAGGACAGAGAUGUUUCAGGUACACAGUGUUAUCUCUAUUCCCACCUUUCCUAAAACAGCCACUUGACUUAGUGUGCUGUGUUGUCACGAUUUUUGGUUUUGGUGUUCCUUCAGGCCCCAUGGGGGACCCCACUUAGAGAACAGCUGUGCCAAACUUACAUAAGCACAAUGAAAGUACAUUUUAAUGUACAUAGGGCUCUAGUGUGUAUAACUUUCUAUAGUCUCUUUUUCUUAAUACUAUGUUGUGGAUUGAACUAUGUCAAUAUAUGUGAAUGUAAUCUGUUUCACUGGCUGUGUAAUAUAACCGCAAUUUACUUUCCCAGUUCUCUGUGGAUAGCAGUUUAUAGUUUUUGUUACUAAAAACCAUGCUGAAUCUGACACUUAGACCUCUGUGAGCUCUAGUCUGAUAGCAGCAUCCAUACCUACAAGUAGAAGGUCUGAGUCAAGGGGCGUACGCUUAGCUUAAAUUGUUCCUAGAACUUUCUCUCAAGAAAGGCUGAGCCACUUCCCACAGCCAUCACUCACUCACUCACUGAGCACCUGCCCUGGGCCAGCUCUACUGAGAGAACCAAGACUGUUAUUGCUGUUUCCCAGGAGGGGUUUGUGUUCUGCAAGGAGGGGAAGGCAGGUGCCCCCAAGCACCCCCAGGUGCUUUAACUAAAGUUAAAUGUGCACUUGGGUUCACGGAAUGCCUCAGAGAUUUGAGCCUGAGCCCUCCCAGAUGAGGAGAGAACAGACCGCUUCUGACCAUUCGUCAAGUAUGAGGAAACGGAGGCAUUGUAGCUGUUCUCUGGACACCCCCCGCCCCCACCCUGCCCCAGGACUCUGCAGCGAGGCCUUUGAAGCCAGCUCUCCCAAGUCCUGGAACUUACAAAGGUGUAGCCAGAACCCAACAACCUCUUCUCACGUCAGGCCCUUCAUAGUUGAUAUUCAAGACACCUUGUAGGAAUCCUGGGUUCUCCAGGGCCAGCUGUGGAAGCUGACAGACAUGCCAGGUGCUGUGAGCAGUGUCCCAGUGAGUCCUUCCCUCUGGUGAUCUCACCAGAGGGUCAGCCGGCAGCUCCACAGGCCACUUAUCCAAAGUCACACAUACAUAUCAGACAGCCUUGGAAAACGCAGGCACUGUGGGGUCAGGGGGAUAGAGCAGACGAGAGAUCUGGGCAUUCCAGGGUGAGGAAGCUGGGGUUGGGAAGGCACUGGGUGCAUUAGUGCAGGGUGAGUGCUCCUACCUGUCUCCUGACCCUUGUCCCGUUCUUGAAGCUGCCAUUCACUACCUUUUAAUUCCUUUCUUUUUGGGGAGUGAAAAGAAUGAAUGAAGAGAAGCUAAGGCGGGGCCUGGAAAAUCAGAGCUGGGACAGGUCAGAGUCAGUGCUAGAUUUUUCAAGUGAUUUUCUGGGUCUGUUCACCCAAGUCUAACCAUUAUCCCAUCUCUCUGAUCCUGUAACCAAAACUUGCCCCGGGGGGGGGGGGGUAGCUUAAGCAAGGGUGCAAGAGGCAGGCAGGAAAACUGGGUGCAGCCCGCCCUCCGUGUCCAUGCCAAUGACUCCCCGAGUUGGGGAAGGAGCCUUGUGGCUUCUCUCACCUUGUUGCUUCCCGUCUUCAGACAGUGCCUCAGAAAGGUAAGUGACUGGCUAGCCUUCCAGAGGGGCUUGGUCCCCAGACAGGUGGGGGAGCUCGAUUCCCAUGGGAUUCUCCUCAUCCUGCCACCCACGACAGACCUUCCAUGGAUAGGUCCCAUGUUUGACGUGGGCCCAGCCUGCAGAAACCCCCGCUGUGUG